AAUGCAUAAAACCAUACAAGUCUUUGCAAAUAUACCUUCAUCUAGACAUACUUCUUUAGUUCCUCUUAGAUCAAAGUUGUCAACAUGGAGCUUCAGAAUCAUUUCUACAAUACUACCUUUGUAGCAUCCUUGCUAUUCCUCUUGGUUAUAUUCAAAAUAGUUAAAAGAUUGAGUUGUAACAGUUCCACUUCAAAUUUACCACCAGGACCAUGGACACUACCUCUCAUAGGAAAUAUACAUCAAAUUAUCAGCAGUUCACUGCCCCAUCAUUAUUUAAAAAAUUUGGCAGAGAAAUAUGGACCAUUAAUGCACAUGAAACUAGGAGAGGUAUCACACAUAAUAGUUAGUUCUUCUGAAAUAGCCAAAGAAAUUAUGAAAACACAUGACCUCACCUUUUGUGAUAGGCCAAAUCUUCUUUUCACCACAAUACUUACUUAUAAUGCUACAGAUAUUGCUUACUCUCCAUAUGGUGAACACUGGAGGCAACUACGAAAGAUAUGUGUUCUAGAGCUAUUAAAUGUGAAACGUGUUCAAUCAUUUAGGUCUAUAAGAGAAGAAGAUGUGUCAGAUCUUGUUAAAUCAAUAUCUGCAAGUGAAGGAUCAAUUGUUAAUCUAACUCAUAAGAUAUACUCAAUGAUAUCUGGGAUAACAGCACAAGCAGCUUUUGGGAAAAAACACAAACAUCAUCAUCUAUUCAUAUCAGCAAUGGAGGAAAUAUUGAGCUUGUUGGGAGGAUUUUGUAUUGCUGAUUUAUAUCCUUCUAUUAAAAUGCUUCAAAGGUUAAGUAGGGCGAAGACAAAAUUUGAAAAACUUUGUAGAGAAACUGAUAAGAUAUUGCAAGAUAUCAUUGAUGAUCACAAAAGCAGUGACAUGAAAACAACCAAGGAUGAAGAUUUAGUUGAUGUUCUCCUCAAGAUUCAACAGGAAAAUCAUCACUCACAUCAACAUCCAUUGAGUGAUGACAAUAUUAAAUCAAUCAUCCAGGACAUGUUCUUUGCUGGUAGCGAUACAUCAUCAGGGACUGUAUUAUGGGUGAUGUCAGAGAUGGUAAAAAAUCCAAAGGUAAUGGAACAAGCACAAGCUGAGAUAAGAAAAGUGUUUGAUAAAAAAGGGUGUGUAGAUGAAACAGAACUACACCAAUUGAUAUACUUAAAGUUUGUCAUCAAAGAAACAUUAAGGUUACAUCCUCCAGCACCAUUAUUAGUUCCAAGAGAAAGUAGGGAGAAAUGCCAAAUCAAUGGGUAUGAUAUCCCAGCUAAGACAAGAGUCACUAUCAAUGCUUGGGCUAUUGGAAGAGAUCCAAAGUUUUGGGUUGAAGCAGAAAGUUUUAAACCUGAGAGGUUUAUAAAUAAUCCAAUUGAUUUCAAAGGCACAGACUUUGACUACAUACCAUUUGGUGCUGGAAGGAGAAUGUGUCCUGGCAUUGCAUUUGCCUUACCCAAUGUUGAGCUAACUCUUGUUCAAUUACUUUACCACUUUGAUUGGAAGCUUCCCAAUGGAAUGAAUAAUGAAGAAUUGGAUAUGACUGAGUCAUUUGGCAUUACUGCAGGAAGAAAACAUGACCUAUGCUUGAUUCCUAUUACUCGUCGUCUUUGAUAUGUAUUUUCCACACUAAAACAAGUUUAUUUAAGUUUUAUAUUCUACUUUCAAAGUUUUUGUAAUUAAUGUCCCUAAUGAAUAAUUAAA